UCAGCGGGCUGAGAUCGGGUUUCAGGCUUGGGACUGCGCAGCCGCGGUCCGCGCAUGCCUGAAAACGCGCCGUAAUUAAGUUACGUGCGCGGCGACGCCUGGGCCGCCAUACUUGGGUUACGGGAGCUCGCAGAGGACACACUCCCACGCGCUUUUCCGGUGUCUCUUCUUUCCUCAGAGUGAGGCAAGACCUAAGAGGCGCUAAAACUAGGUCCAAGGUAGAGAGCGGCUCCGGUUAGAAUGAAGAAAAUAACAAGGUUAUCUCCGGAAGGUGCCGGUUGAGGCCCUCACACGCGAGCGGGGUGGUGGCCGAAGACGCUGAGGGACGGGUGCAUUCUCGCCGAAGUUCAGUUGGGCGAUGCCAACUUAAGGGUGUGAGAGGGGUGGCAAGGAACUGAGAUUCACUCCGCGGAGGCUGGGCGAGUGUGGAAAUCCGAAGGGAGCGGACAGUCGCCGAAGGCCCCACUUCCUUUCCCCAGCCCGUCCCUCUCCGGCCAUGAGCGGUCUAGUGCGCACCGAGCCGCUGCGCGGGGAGCCUCCUCUGCGGAUGCCCGGCGACGCCUUUUCUGUGGUGGUUCUGCUGCAGGGCUACGCGGAGCCCGAGGGGGUCGGCGACGCCGUGCGCGCCGACGGCUCCGUGACCCUUGUUCUGCCCCAGGCCUGGGGCACGGCCUCCGGCCACCGAGAGCCCCCGCCCGAGGGCUACGAGGCGAAGACCGCCCUGGAGGAGGCGGCCCGUGGCCCCAUCCUCGUGGACACCGCGGGGCCCUGGGCUCGAGAGGCGCUCCUGGGGGCCCUGGCGGGGCAGGGCGUGGCCCCGGGAGAUGUGACUCUGGUGGUGGGGACCCACGGACACUCGGACCAUAUCGGGAACCUGGGGCUGUUUCCCGGCGCGGCCCUGCUGGUCUCGCACGACUUUUGCCUCCCCGGGGGCCGCUACCUCCCCCACGGGCUGGCUGAGGAGCAGCCUCUGCGGUUGGGGCCGGGACUCGAGGUGUGGGCCACGCCCGGCCAUGGUGGCCAGCGAGACGUGAGCGUGGUGGUGACUGGCACGGCCCUGGGUACCGUCAUGGUAGUGGGCGAUGUGUUUGAACGUGAUGGGGACGAGGACUCGUGGCAGGCGCUGAGCGAAGACCCGGUGUCCCAGGAGCACAGCCGGAAGAGGGUCCUAGGCACUGCCGACGUGGUCGUGCCUGGUCACGGAGCCCCCUUUAGGGUGAUCAGGGAAGUCUCGGCGCCAGAGACAGAGAGUCUGGGGAACAGCCGGCCAGAUCUCGUGAUCGGAGACAAGGAGCCCACGGUGCACCGAUAAACCCCAGUCUUGACUGGAUUCCUUUCAGGGACCCCAGCCCCCCACCCCCAGACAAGGAACUGACGUCCAGGACACGAGAGGACGUGUCAGAGAGGAGUCAUGGGUUGUCACUUCCAGCCCUUCCAGGAGGCCAGUUUUCCAGCGAGGACAGAGUACUUUUGCCACAGCUGUCACCAGUAUCACUAGGACCGAGGACUGGCUCAGCUGUGUGCCACCUCUCGGGCUUCAUUAGUAAAAUGGGAGAAUGUUCUUGGGAGAGUCUUCCAAAAUAAAAGUAGAAACUGCAUUGAAAAUCAUACUGCCCUUCAACUAUUCUCCAAGAAAAAAGAAAAAAGAAAAAAAAUCAUACUGCCCUAAAUGUAAAUGUGAAGCAUUCAUAGUGAUAAUCAUGCAGAUAAAAUCCAACAAGUGCAACAAGGGGACACUUUGGCGAUACAUCGCCUGUUUCUCAGAGGAGGCAGCUUGCUGAGAGAAGGUGCAGGGCAGACAGGUAUCAUUCUAGUCAUCUGACUUUAAGUUAUUAAUUCGUUCAAUGAAUGCUGCUUAACACACCUGCAAUGUCUCAAGCACGGCUCGAGGUCACGGGGAUACAGCAGUGAGCAAGCCGGACAAACUCAAGGAGACAGGACACCUUUCUCUUUAAUGAGAUUGUUCAGAUGUGCAAGGGAUUACAGGCAUUUGUGAUCACACUCAUCAGUGGGCUGGGUGCAGAGGACAAGUAGUGACCUCUGGGGAGGCCCUAGGGGACAGUGGAGACAUAGAAUGAAAGGGACCUGGGUUCUCGAGUAGCAGCCUGGAGGACAGCAGUGUGGAAGGCUGCUCCCAGACACUGGCUGGACUUCAGGAGGGAUCUGAGCUUCUGUUCCCACCUGGCAGCAAAACAGCAGGAAAAAAUGGAGUGAAGAAAUGCUGGUUGGCACUGCACUCCCCCACCCUAAUGUCAGUAGUGCAAAGUGUGGACCUGAACUUCCCCCUUCAUCUGGAGGCAACAAGGCCAUGGGAAUUGGUGCUCCACUUACUCCAGGGUGGCAUCAGCAGGACCCAAAGGGAGCUGAGCAUCCCUCCCCCACCUGGACCUACAUGCUACACCUAAACAGGGUGACUGCCUGCUAAAUAGACCUGGGGUCUCACAAUAUAAUACCUAAGAUGUCCAGUAUACAGGAGAAAAUCACUCAUCAUACCAAGAACCUGGACAAUCACAACUUGAAUGAGAAAAGACAAUCACCCAGUGCCAACACCAAGAUUACUCAGAUGUUGGAAUUAUCUGAUGAGGAUUUGUAAAGCAGCCAUCAUGAGUGUCCAUCCACAGACGAAUGGAUAAAGAAGGUGUGGUAUAUAUAUGUAAUGGAAUAUUACUCAGCCAUAAAAAAGAAUGAUAUGAUGCCAUUUGCAGUAACAUGGGUGGACCCAGAGAUUAUCAUACUAAGUGAAGUGUCAGACAGAGAAAGACAAAUACUGUAUGAUAUCACUUAUAUGUGGAAUCAAAAAAAUACAAAUGAACUUAUUUACAAAACAGAAAUAGACUCACAGGCAUAGAAAACAAACUUAUGGUUACUAAAGGGGAAAGGGGGAGAGGGAUAAAUUAGCUGGACUUUUCUCAAAAGCAUGAUAAGCAAGUGCUACAAUUAGUCUGAUGCCAACUUUACAGUUGAGUUCACAGAGAUCAUGAUCACUGAAUAACUGGCUAGCUUUUCUAUUUUACCUUCCUACUCUUCAGAUGCCUUCAAGACUUGUACUUGAUGCUGGCUGCUUGGGAUAUAUUUUAUUUAAAAUAAUCGCUGUAGAUAUUGUCUGUUUUUCUUUUCUAAAUGGGAGAUAAGUCACAAGUCCUGUGAUAGUUUUCUAUUAGUUUAGUUUUCUAUUCUUUUCCAUUAGUCUUUUUUUUUGGCUGUGUUGUGUCUUUGUUGUUGCGCGUGGGCUUUCUCUAGUUGCAGCGAGCCGGGGCUACUCUUCGUUGUGGUGCGCGGGCUUCUCACUGUGGUGGCUUCUCAUUGCGGUGGCUUCUCUUGUUGCGGAGCACGGGCUCUAGGCGCGCGGGCUUCAGUAGUUGUGGCACGCGGGCUCAGUCAUUGUGGCUCGCAGGCUCUAGAGCUCAGGCUCAGUAAUUGUGCUGCACGGGCUUAGUUGCACCGCGGCAUGUGGGAUCUUCCCGGACCAGGGCUCGAACCAGUGUCCCCUGCACUGGCAGGCAGAUUCUUAACCACUGUGCCACCAGGGAAGCCCUGAUUGUGGGUAACUUUUAUUUUCACCUUUUUGCUUAUGCAUGUUUCCUAAUGUUGCUACAAUUCUUCUGUAUUGUUUGGUUUUUAAAAUAGAUUUUAAAAUGUUAACUGCCUUCAUCAACAAACCUCCUCCAUCUCUUUGCCCUAGGGAUGCAGUUUCAUCUAGGGACCCUACACAAAACCCAUCAUGCUUUCUUUUCCUUCCCAUUUUUGCACCUUUUGGGCUCCAGUCUGCACUGUCCUAAGCUGCAUCUAGUCCUAAUGACAAAAGAAUUAGAUGUCACUAUAUUCCUUAACCCCAAGACUCAACUUGUUUCCUUUCCCCCUUACCUCCUCUGCCUUCAUUUCUCCAAAACAAAUAACCUCAAAUCCAUCCUCUAGAGUUGUAUGGUUGAGGAGCUAAAUGUGACUAUUGACUUAAGAGAAAAACAGACAUGAAACCCACCCCAUCCCUUCCAAAUUCCUGAAUAUUUUACUUCUUCCUUUUUUGGGGAGGGGUGGAUGGGUGGGGGUGGUCUUCUCCUUUCACAAUUUGUUUUUUUCCUUAUCUCUACAAAGAAAUACAUAAUACACCUCCACCACUCCCCUCAAAAAUCCUGGAUUCAGGUCAUACCCACUGUUAAUAUCUAGCUACUUACUGUAUAUCUUGCAUAACUUGCUUAACUUGUUUCUUCUGUAAUGAAAUUAAUCAUAUCUACCUUAUUUACAUUACAAAGUGGUUGAGUUGGUAAAUAUAACCUGCAAAAGCUCUGAAGACAUAAAAUGCACAUUACAAAUUCUGGAUGAGGCAUGAUUGUUUGUUCUUUUUCUCCUUCUCUUAUUCUUCUACUUCCUGCCUCCUUUGAUUACUAGUUCGGUUUUCUUCCUUUUCUGCUCUUUCUCCUUUCCUCUUUCUCCCUCCUCACCAAUCUCUUUUCUUAUUUAUUUAUUUAUAAAAAUUGAAGUAUAGUUGAUUUACAAUAUUGUGUUAGUUUCCAGUAUAGAGCAAAGUGAUUCAGUUACACAUGUAUAGUAUAUAUCUAUAUUCUUUUUUAAAAUUCUUUUCCAUUAUAGUUUAUUACAAGAUAUUGAAUAUAGUUCCCUGUGCUAUACAGUAAAUCCUUGUUGUUUAUUUUAUAUAUGGUAGUGUGCCUCUGUUAAUCCCAUACUCCCAGUUUAUCCCUCCCCGCCCCCUUCCCCUUUGGUAACCAUAGUUUGUUUUCUAUGUCUGUGAGUCUGUUUCUGUUUUGUAAAUAAGUUCAUUUGUACUAUUUUUUUGAUUCCACAUAUGAGUGGUGUCAUAUAAUAUUUGUCUUUCUCUGACUUACUUCACUUAGUAUGAUAAUCUCUAGGUCCAUCCAUGUUGCUGAAAAUGGCAUUAUUUCAUUUUUUUAUGGCUGAGUAGUAUUGCAUUUAUGUAUGUAUAUAUACAUACAUAAAUGUAUAUAUAUCUUCUUUAUCCGUUCAUCUGUUGAUGGACACUUAGGUUGCUUCCACAUCUUGGCUAUUGUGAACAGUGCUGCUAUGAACGUUGGGGUGUAUGUAUCUUUUCUUUUUUUUUUCCAUGUUUAAAAAUACAUUUUAAUAUGAGAA